AUGUCUGGCAACUGCUGUUCUGAAACUUGCACCAUGGUGCCAGCCAUCUCUAUCUGCUCAACAGAGGUGAGCUGUGAAAGUCCCACCAUCUGCCUGGCCACUUCCUGCCCAAGUCCAGCAUGGCAGCUGGUUAGCUGUGAAGAACCAUGCAGCACUUCCUCAAGCUGUGCCCCAAGUUGCUGUGAAUCCUCUUGUGAGCCCAGUUGCUGCCAGCCAGUAUGCUGUGAGCCUACUCCAUGCGAACCAUCUUGCUGUGAGCUGAGCUGCUGCCAACCAGUCUGCUCUAUACAAGCUUGUUGCCAGCCUGUUUGUUGUGAGACCAAUUCUUGUGAGCCGUCUUGCUCUGCACCCGCUUGCUGCCAACCAGUCUGCUCUGUGCCUGCUUGCUCCCCACCCAUAUGCUCUGAGUCUAGUUGCUGCCAGCCAGCUUCCUGUGUGACACUGCUCUGUGAACCUGUCUGCCAGCGUACCAUCUGCUGCCUACCCAGUCCUUGUGAGUCAACUUGCAUAGCCCAAGAGCCUUCCUGUUGCAUUCCCAGUGUCUGCCCAUCACCUUGCUGUCAACCCAUCCCUUGCCAACAAAGUAUCUGCCUGCCCAGUCCAUGUCAACCAUCAUGCUACAUAGUGAGGCGCUGCCAGUCAAUUUGCUACGAACCCAUUUCCUGCAGACCAACUUGUGUGCCAACUUCCUGCAGACCAACCUCCUGCCAACCUCUCUGCUGCCAGCCAGGGUCUUCUGCCUCUAUUGUCUGCCGGCCAGCUUGCUCCCGACCCACUUUCUACGUACCCAGUUCCUGUAGACCACCUUGCAUCACGUCUACUUCUUACCGCCCAGCUUGUUACCGGCCCAUCUGUUCCUCUCCUCUAAGCUGCAGACAACCUUACCUGACUUCUCUUUAUCGCCCCAGUUGCUACCGCCCAAACUACUCCCUACCCUGUCUGCGCAGACCGGCCUGCGUCACUUCCGUUGCUUCUCGGCCAGCAUGCUGUCAGCCGGUUUGCUCUGAGCCUAGCUCCCCUCGUAAGCCGACCUGUGAAAAGUCCACUUCCAGCCAGCCAGAUGGUCCUGAGUCCACUCCCUGCAAACCAGUUGUUUCGGAGGCUAGUUCUAGUGAGCCAACAUGCUCACUGACCACUUCCUGCACUCCCACUAGCCCAACCAACUCUGAGUCUACUGCUGGCAAAGUAGAGGAUGGCAAAUCAUCUGGCUGCUGCUCUAGAUCCUCCAGAUCCAGGCAUUAG